AUGGUGAAAUCAAAAGCGUCAGCAGCGCAUACUAAUAAGUUUGAUAGCAUGACCAGCGAUACCAGUUAUAAUAACUCUAAUUUACGCAGAACAGAAAGUGCUGUGUUCAUUGAUGAAGUAUUGCGUCAUGUUGCAACUAAACAGCUUCUAUUCUUAGAAACCCAUGUCUGUACAAUAUACCGAGUGGCAGACAGAAAUGCAGCCGGUUUUAAUGAAAAUACAGCUUUACAAUACAUCAACAAGUAUCAAGAUCGAUUCUGUUUGCAGCGUAUUAAAUCAUCGGGAAAAGUACCUUUUCGUCCGUGGGUUUCUUACAAAGAUAUAAUGAACUUCUUCACAAGCACUAACAGACCUGAAUUCUUUGUCUUAUAUGUCUGUUCAAAUCAAAAAUAUGUGAAUUAUUAUGAAAUAUAUAAGUGUAAAACGUCAGAUAAUGUCAAAAGAAUUGAAGACCUACUAAUGAAAGCAUUCAGCGAUCCGGAUAAAAUACUUCGAGAUGUCAAUGCUUUGAAAUAUGUUGCAUUACCAACUCAACCAGCAACAGAAAUAAACUUGGCAGAUGUCCAGGUAGCGGUACAGGAAAGUAAUGACGUCGCUGAAAUUAAUGGUACAAAAGAUCCCAUAGAUUCUGGGGAAAACGUCCCAGAGGUAGAAACCAGCCCAUUAUUGGAGAGAACAGACCCAAUAUUAGCAGCUCAAAAUGUAGUUACCAGUCCAACACCAGAUCGAAUAAGCCCAGUAUCAAAUUUGCGGACAUCUGAAGUCAAUCCACCUUCAGUUCCCCAUUCGCCAGUACUAAUGCAGAAAGUUUCCUCUGACGCAUAUGAGGAAGAUUUCCAAGUUGUACCCAUAAGUCAUGUAGAAGAGAAUUAUGUUGAUGAAUCAUCCCCUGUCUUACUUUCAUUUCCUCGUUACUCUCCUUCAAUAAGUCCUGAAGUUGAAAUAGAGACUUCUCUCUCCGAUAUUUUGGAUAAUGUAUCAUUCAUUGAUUUUGAUCCACAUGAAGGGCUGUUCCCCUGCAAUAAAGGACCUAUCUAUAUGUUUCUUGCACGUCAAGAAUUCCAUUUGAAUAAUACAGCAAGAAGAGAUGAAAGUCCUGUACAAAGCAGGCGAAAAUAUAAAUAUUAG